AUGGAUUUUGAAAGCCCUGUUACAAUUGUAAAGGAAUUAUUAUUAUCUUCCAAUUCGACAAUUCAUACUUCUUGUCAAUUUAAAGAAUCAUUAUAUCAACCAUUAAUCAAUAACUAUUCUAAUUCAAUUAAUCCAUGUUUUUUGGGUUCAAUUUCAAUUUUAAUAACUGGAAUCUUAACAAUUGGUUUAUUAAUUCAAUUAUAUAUUUUAUUAUUUCAUAAUUAUUAUGGGAAUCUUAAAAUUAAAUAUAGUUUUGGUUAUCCUUUUAAAAUUAAAAGUAUUGGAAUAUUUCAAAUUUUAAAAUUAAAUUUAAUAAUUUGUCAAUUAAUUCUUAUUGGUACUUUAAUUUAUUGGUUUAAAAAUUGGUCAUCAUUAUUAUCUUAUGGUUUAAUUUUUAAUUUUUUUUUACUUGGAAUUAUUGUUUUACCUUUUACUGUUAUUGAACCUACAAGAAGUGUUGUUUCAUUACUUUCAUUAUCAUCAUAUUGGAUAUUUCAAAUUUUAUUUAAUUUAGUUGUAACUAUUCAAGAUUUUACUUCAAUCUAUAAAAUUUUCAACAUUAACAACAAUAUAUUAAUUAAAACUAUUGAAAUUUGUUUAUUACUCAAUUCAAUUUUAAUUUUAAUUUUUGAAGUUGGAUUAUAUUCUCCAAGUUUAGAAUUAAAACAAUAUUACGAAUUAAAUGAUUGGUAUAUUGAAACUGUUCAUAAUUUUUGGUCAGAAAUUACAUUUUUAUGGUUAGAUUCAACAAUAAAACAAAUUUAUGAAACGAAUUCAAUUGAAGUUGAUCAAACACCUCCUUUAUAUAUUGAUUUGAAAUGUAAUACAACAUAUGAUGGGUUAAUUAAAAGAUGGAAUGAAGCUAAGCAUAAAAAUCCAAAAACUAUAUCAUUAUUAACAAUUUAUAUUCAAUCUUAUUAUACAGACAUUAUCAAAAUGCUAGCAUUAGAUCUAUUAGCAGUUUUGUUUAAUUUAGGUCAAGCUUUUUUAUUACAACAAUUUAUAUUAUAUUUUGGUAAUGAAGAACAAAAACCAGCUAUUGUUGGAUUUUCAAUAGCUACUGGUAUAUUUUUAUGCGCUACUUGUAGGUUUACAUCAAUUUAUAGAUUUGCAGAAAUUCAUUUUAGAAUAAGAACUAGAGUUUAUUCAUCAUUAGGAACUUUUGUUUAUCAAAAGGCAUUGGUUCUUUCAGCAGAGGCUAGAAAAUAUAAAAACACUGGUGAAAUUAUAAAUAAUUUAGCCGUUGAUGUUCAAAAAUUAGCAAUGUUAGGAAUGUAUGUUUUUGUUUUUAAUUUACCAAUAAGACUUACAAUAAGUUUAUUAGCAUUAUAUAAAUUAUUGGGAGUAUCUGCAUUUUUUGGAUUUUUAACUGCUGUUAUAAUGGUACCUUUAAGUUCAAAAGUUUCAACAUCAAUUUCAAAAUUAGUUAAACAAAAUAUGAAAAUUAGAGAUGAAAGAACUAAAUUAACUUCAGAAAUUUUACAAUCUAUUAAAAGUAUAAAAUUAUAUGCUUGGGAAAAACCAAUGUUAAAAAGAUUAUUUAAAAUUAGAAAUGAUAGAGAAUUAGUAAUGGCUAAAAAAAUUGGUCAUUUUAAUGCAUUUUCAAUGUUUUUAUGGAAUACAAUUCCGUUUGCUAUAACAAUAACAUGUUUGAUUAGUUUUGUUAAAUUGAGUAAAACGGUUUUAGUUCCUUCACUUAUUUUCCCAGCAUUAUCAUUAUUUGAUAUGUUAACUGAACCAAUUUUACAACUCCCUGAUGCUUUAGUUGCAAUGAUUGAAGCAAGAAUUUCUUUUAAAAGAUUGACUGAUUAUUUUUUGAUGGAAGAAAAUAAUUCAAAAGUAAUUCACAGAAGUGAUAAAUCAAAUGAUGCUGUUGUUAUCAAAGAUGCUACUUUUAAUUGGGACAAAGAAACAAUUGCAUUACAUGAUAUCAAUAUUAAAGCCGAAAGAAAUCAAUUAACUUGCAUCGUUGGUAAAGUAGCAUCAGGUAAAACUGCAUUAAUCAAAUCAAUUCUUGGUGAUAUCCCAAUGACGAAAGGUUCUGUUGAAGUCAAUGGAUCAAUAGCAUAUUGUGCUCAACAACCAUGGAUUCAAAAUGCAACAGUUAAAGAAAAUAUAUUGUUUGGUCAUAAAUUUGAUGAAAAGUUUUAUAUUAAAGUUAUAAAAAGUUGUCAAUUAUCACCAGACUUAAAAAUUUUACCAGAUGGUGACGAGACAGUAGUUGGUGAAAAAGGUAUAUCUUUAAGUGGAGGACAAAAGGCUAGGAUUUCAUUGGCUAGAGCUGUUUAUUCACAAGCUGAUAUUUAUUUAUUAGAUGAUGUUUUAUCUGCUGUUGAUGCUCAUGUUGGAAAGAAGAUUAUUAAAGAAGUCUUGAGUUCAAAAGGUAUGCUUGGUAAUAAAACUACUAUUUUAGCAACUAAUGCCAUAAAUGUAUUAAGAAAUUCUAAUGAAAUUGUUUUACUACAAGAUGGUAAGAUUAGUGAAAGAGGAAAUUUUGCUGAAGUCAUGUCAAUUGAUGGAAAUUUAUCAAAACUAAUCAACGAACAUAGUCACGAUUAUGAUGAUGAUGAGAAAGAAGGAGAAGAAGAAGAAGAAGAAGAGGACGAACAAGAACAAGAACAAGUAGAUCAAGAAGAAAAUGCUAAAGAAGUUGAAAUAAUUCGUAAAACUGGCCAUAGUAAGGAAACAACAGCAAAAGGAAGUAUCAAAUUAAGUGUUUAUAUAGAAUAUUUCAAAGCAUGUAAUUUCCCAAUGAUUUUCAUUUAUGUUUUGAUAUAUGCAGGUAAUGUGACUUUUAAUAUUGGUGCAAAUUAUGUAUUGAAAUAUUGGUCAGAAAUUAAUUUAGAAAAAGGAUAUAAUUUUGAUAUUACAUUUUAUAUUUCAAUUUAUGCUAUUGCUGGUAUUAUUGCUGCUGCAUGUAUGUUAAUAGCUGCUUUAAUAAUGUGGAGUUAUUGUGUAUUAAGAGGGUCAAAAUAUUUUCAUGAUAAAAUGGCAAAUGCAGUAUUAAGAGCUCCAAUGCAAUUUUUUGAAACUACUCCAAUUGGAAGAAUUUUGAAUAGAUUUUCUGAUGAUAUGAAUGUGAUUGAUCAACAAUUAAUUUGGUCAAUUCUAGCAGUUGUUGAUUAUGGAUUAUUAGCAAUUGGAGUUUUGUCAGUGGUUGUUUAUAAUUUACCUAUUAUGAUUGUUGUUAUUAUUGUUUUAUUUUUUGUUUUUAAUAGAGUAAGAAAAUUUUAUAUUCCAUCAGCAAGAGAGUUAAAAAGAUUAGUUAGUAUUUGCAGAAGUCCAUUAUUUUCACAUUUAUCAGAAUCAAUAAAUGGAAUUGAUACAAUAAUUGCUUUUGGUCAAGAUAAUAGAUUUAGAAAAGUUAAUAAUAUCAAUACUGAUAAAUUUAUUAGAGCUCAAUAUACUUUAUUAUGUUGUAAUCGUUGGUUAUCAAUUAGAUUACAAACUAUUUCAGCAAUUAUAGUUUAUGCAUCCGCAUUACUUAUAUUAUCAACAUUAGGUACAAAACAUCAAAUUAGUUCAGGUUUAGUUGGGUUCAUUAUGGUUAAUGCAAUGAGUAUAUCAAAUGCAUUAAGUAUGAUAAUGAGAGGUUGGGCUGAUAUAGAAACAAAAUCCAUAUCAGUUGAAAGAGUUUUGGAAUAUUGCAAUUUAAAACCUGAAGCUCCAGAAAUUAUACCUACAAAUAGACCACCAACAAAUUGGCCAUCCCAGGGUUUAAUUGAAUUUAAAGAUUAUUCAACAAAAUAUAGAGAAAAUUUAGAUAAUGUUUUAAAAAAUAUAAAUUUCUCAAUUAAAUCAAAAGAAAAAAUUGGAGUUGUUGGUAGAACAGGAGCUGGUAAAUCAAGUUUAACAUUAGCAUUAUUUAGAAUUAUAGAAUCAACAAAUGGUUGUAUAAUAAUGGAUUCCAUAAAAGCAAAUGAAAUUGGACUUUAUGAUUUACGUAAUAAUUUAAAUAUUAUACCACAAGAUUCAAAUUGUCUUGAAGGAACAAUUCGAGAAAAUUUAGAUCCAUUAAAUGAACAUUCAGAUGAAGAACUUUGGGAAGUUUUAAAAUUAUCACAAUUAAAAGAAUUUGUUUCUAAUUUAACAACUAAAACAAAUGAAAUUGAAAAUUCUGGAUUAAAUGCAAUGAUUUAUGAAAGUGGAUCAAAUUUAUCAAGUGGUCAAAAACAAUUGUUAUCAUUAUCAAGAGCAUUAUUGAAAAAGACUCAAAUUUUAGUUUUGGAUGAAGCAACAAGUUCAAUAGAUACAACAACAGAUUCAUUAAUUCAAAAAACUAUUAGAAAAGAAUUUAAUGAUAAAACUAUUAUUACUAUUGCUCAUAGAUUAAAUACAAUUUUAGAUAGUGAUAAAAUUUUAGUACUUGAUCAAGGAAAAGUUAUGGAAUUCGAUUCACCAAAAAAUUUAUUGAAUGAUGAAAAAUCCAUGUUUUAUUCAUUAUGUUUAGAAGGUGGUAUUAUCAAGAAAUAA